CGCUGAGGCCUGCUGGAAGCCAAGAUGGCGUAUCGGCGUUCGCCAGGCCACAGUUGGCGCCUUGUCAGUAUCUGAGCUGGUAGUUUGUAAGCGGCUGUGGCGAACGCCCUCUCCGCCGUCAUGGCCAGGCAUCGGAAUGUCCGAGGCUAUAACUACGAUGAAGAUUUUGAAGAUGAUGAUCUCUAUGGCCAAUCUGUAGAGGAUGAUUAUUGUAUUUCACCAUCAACAGCUGCUCAGUUUAUUUACUCACGACGUGACAAACCUUCAGUUGUUGAACCUGUAGAAGAAUAUGAUUAUGAAGAUUUGAAAGAAUCCUCCAAUUCUCUUUUGAACCAUCAGCUAAGCGGAAUUGAUCAAGCUCGUCUUUUUUCAUGCCUUGAUCACAUGAGAGAGGUACUUGGAGAUGCUGUGCCAGAUGACAUAUUAAUUGAAGCAGUUCUGAAGAACAAGUUUGAUGUGCAAAAGGCUUUGUCAGUGGUUCUGGAGCAAGAUAAAAUGCAGAAUUUGAAGGUCAAGAGUGAGGGAGCAAUAUCUACAGGAAAGAUAGCAAAAGGAGUCUUAUUAUCUUCCUCUGAAGUUUCAGCUGACAAUGUUCAAAGCUCUUGUCCUCAAUCUGCAAACCAUUUGGAUUGCAGUAGCAAACCCUUUGAUUUUUCUGGCCCAAUAGCAAAAUAUGGAUUAUAUCAUAAUUCUUCAGUUGUACCAAGUCACUAUUUACUCCAUAAAAAAAAGAAACUUGACAGACCUAAAAGUGAAAAGAAACUAGAAUCAUGUAAGUUUACUGUUUUAUCUGAAGCAAAUUAUUUCAUUGUUUGGAUACAUCAUAAUUUGUUUAACCAUUCCCUUAUUGAGGUACAUCUACAGUUUUUUCACCAUUACAGACAGCAUCACGGAAAAUCAAUAGAUUCCCAGUCAUCUCGGAGUGAAUCUGAAAUUGUGCCAAAAGUUGCUAAAAUGACUGUAUCUGGAAAGAAGCAAACUAUGGGAUUUGAAGUGCCUGGAGUAACUGCUGAAGAAAAUGGUCACAUUUUCCACACACCUCAAAAAGGACAUUCUAGUGAAGAUACCAGCCUUGUUGCUUCGGAUGUACUUGAGACCGCUUCUAAAUCAGCUCUUCCAUCCCACACCAUUCAAGCAUCAGAAGAGCAGAGUUCAACACCAAUACCAGUGAAGAAGUCUAGCAAGCUGAGGCAACAAAUAGAUAUCAAAGCGGAGCUGGAAAAGCGGCAAGGAGGGAAGCAACUCCUCAACCUAGUGGUCAUUGGUCAUGUUGAUGCUGGGAAAAGUACUCUGAUGGGCCAUUUGCUAUAUCUUCUGGGUAAUGUAAACAAAAGAACUAUGCAUAAGUAUGAACAAGAGUCUAAAAAGGCUGGCAAAGCUUCGUUUGCAUAUGCAUGGGUCUUGGAUGAGACUGGCGAAGAAAGGGAAAGGGGAGUAACAAUGGAUGUUGGUAUGACAAAGUUUGAGACCAAAACCAAAGUUAUUAUAUUAAUGGAUGCUCCAGGCCAUAAGGAUUUCAUUCCAAAUAUGAUUACAGGAGCAGCCCAGGCAGAUGUAGCUGUUUUAGUUGUAGAUGCCAGCAGGGGAGAGUUUGAAGCUGGAUUUGAGACGGGGGGACAAACACGAGAACAUGGCCUCUUGGUUCGUUCUCUGGGAGUGACCCAGCUCGCAGUUGCAGUCAAUAAAAUGGAUCAGGUUAAUUGGCAGCAAGAAAGGUUUCAAGAGAUUACUGGAAAACUUGGGCACUUUCUUAAGCAAGCAGGUUUUAAGGAAAGUGAUGUAGCUUUUAUCCCUACAAGUGGUCUCAGUGGUGAAAAUCUAAUCAUAAGAUCUCAGUCAAAUGAACUUACAAAAUGGUAUAAAGGACUGUGUUUAUUAGAACAAAUUGAUUCCUUCAAGCCUCCUCGAAGAUCUGUUGACAAGCCAUUUAGAUUAUGUGUAUCUGAUGUUUUCAAAGAUCAAGGAUCUGGAUUUUGUGUAACUGGUAAAAUUGAAGCUGGUUAUAUCCAAACUGGUGACCGACUACUAGCAAUGCCUCCUAAUGAAACUUGUACUGCAAAAGGAAUCACGCUGCAUGAUGAACCUGUCGACUGGGCGGCAGCAGGCGAUCAUGUUAGUCUUACGUUGGUUGGGAUGGACGUCAUCAAAAUCAAUGUUGGCUGCAUAUUUUGUGGACCCAAAGAACCCAUUAAGAUUUGCACUCGUUUCAGAGCCCGAAUCCUCAUCUUUAAUAUUGAAAUUCCUAUCACUAAAGGAUUUCCUGUGCUGUUACACUACCAAACUGUCAGUGAACCUGCCGUUGUUAAACGAUUGAUUAGCGUCUUAAACAAAAGCACUGGUGAAGUCACGAAGAAAAAGCCUAAAUUGUUGACCAAAGGCCAGAAUGCAUUGGUGGAGCUACAGACACAAAGACCGGUGGCUCUUGAGCUGUACAAAGACUUUAAAGAGCUGGGGAGAUUCAUGCUGCGCUACAGUGGUUCUACCAUAGCUGCUGGUGUAGUCACUGAGAUAAAAGGCUGAUGGGUCAGAAUUUCUACCAUGUUUCUAAACACAAUGAGAUAGUUAACCUCUGUGUUUUGAAAGAAUCCAGUUAUUCAGUUAAAGCAACAAUGUGCAAUUGAUAUUUUUUUUUAAUGAGAGAGAAAAUUCAAGCUAUAAUCAGCUGUAAAGAAGUAUCAUUCAUCACUCCUACAAAAAUUUUAAGUUGCCAAUUGGCAAAGAAAGGCUAAUAUUGCACUUUCAUUUGAAAAACUAGCUUUUCCUUUGAAAUGUUAGUAAUGGAUUUACCUUGCUGUGACUUACGGAAGUUACCAGAAAUGUGUUAGAAGACAUUGAAUCAUCAUGACGUGAACUCUACUUCCAGCCAAACCACAAAAUGUUUACAGUUUUCUCUUUUGAUUUCAACUUACAACACACAUUUUUAAGGAAGAAUAACUAAAAUGGGUUAUUGAGGUAGUUAAUAUUUGACCUGAGCAGUUUUUUAGUUAACUGUAAGAAAAGAUUUGUUGAAGGUUAAUAGAGGUAUUUUGUGUUGAGCAGUGAGUGUUCUUCCUUCAACGAACAACCAUUUGGAACUGCUUAGUUUGCAGUUAUUGGAAAUUGUUCCUUUGGUAACCAAGAUAUUAUUUAAGGUGAAAAGCCAGCUAAUAAAAUGCCUUAGUUUGAGCAUAACAACAAAA